AAUGGAAAGAUACAUCAUACAAGGGAGUAGCGAAAGUCGGAAGAGUACCACUUCAUGCCCUAUUCGUUCUCGGCAGGCCCCGACCGUCGUUGGGAUUCGCUUCUCCUCCUCGAAGAUGAACGGCGGACCUUCUGGUUUCCACAAUGCUCCCGUUACGAGGACUUUCGUCAUCGCGAGCGCUCUCCUCACAAUCUUAUUUGGGGCUCAGGGUCGUUCUCUGCGGCUCGGAUUAUCGUCUCAGGAUAUUACCCCAAAAUUCCGCCUUUGGAGGCUCAUUCCUUCAGUGUUUGGUUUUUCUUCAACACCAGAGUUGAUGUUUGGACUAUAUUUGCUCUAUUAUUUCAGGGUAUUUGAAAGACAGAUAGGCUCUAAUAAACAUUCAGUUUUCAUUUUAUUUUCUCUGAUAAUGUCAUCAUUUUUUGAGAUCCUAGCUUUGGUGUACCUGAAAGAUCCCUCCUUGAAUACAUUGGUAUCUGGACCAUAUGGUCUUAUAUUUGCUGCCUUUGUACCUUUCUAUUUUGACAUUCCAGUUUCAACACGAUUCCGUAUCUUUGGGUUAAAUUUCACUGACAAGUCAUUUAUAUAUUUGGCAGGUCUUCAGCUACUAUUUUCAUCCUGGAAAAGAUCUGUUGUACCUGGCAUAUGUGGCAUACUUGCUGGAUCCUUAUAUCGGCUCAAUGCAUUUGGCAUCCGUAAGAUGAAGUUUCCAGGCAUUGUAACAUCAUUUUUCUCAAGAUUGUCAUGGCCCUCCUCGAGUAGUUCAUCACAAACAUUGUCAAGUGAGAACAGUAUAGGAAAUAUACCAUCUUAUCCUUCUCGUCACAUAGAGGGAAACCAUCCCUCCGCAGCCCGGACUUCUGUUGCAGAGCCAUCUGAAACUUCUGUUGCCACUUUAGUGUCCAUGGGAUUCGACAACAAUUCUGCCAGACAGGCGCUGAUACACGCUGGAAAUGACAUCAAUGUGGCCACUAACAUCCUUCUUGAAGCACAGUCUCAAUAGCAUUAUUUUGUCAGUGUACCACUUCCAAAACUGACUAGCUGCACUGCUCUUCUGACAUCCGAGCAUAACGAGUGAACUGGUCCCAUAUUCAUUUGUCUCCGAGCUUAAUACUGCAUCGACUGUGAUCGGCUCCAUUCUGGUUUCAGUGUUGGUGUUUACAGGCUCCUCCCCAGUUUAAAGGUUUUGAUCUGAUGUUUUGUGCUUUUGAGAUAAAAAAAAAAAAAGGGUAUGCAUACGAACCGGCAUCAUAUGAACACAUGAAUGGUUAGAUGUUCUUGUUAAAGAAGGCAUGUGGUAGCUCCGAUCUUUAGAGCUUAUAGUUUAGCUGAACAAAUUGUAGCUGUCAUAAAUCAAAUCCUUUGAUGAGUGAUAGUAUGUUUAAUAGACCACUUAAUAUUCCAAAUAUAUGAAAGUAAAGCGUUGGUCAUCAUGUUUGAA